AGACACAAUGACGGCAGAUACCAUAUGUCGACUUUAGACUUGCAAAUGUCCUUUCGCCCUGGUUUCCCGUGUCGUCGAGUUCAUGUUUCUAAAGAUACCUGUUAGCAAUGCGUUCGCGGGCCAGCGGCAGGCCCAAACAGCGCUCUGGCUACGCCAAGCGACCCCGGACGGAUGUGCGAAUGACGGGAUACGUUUCACGGCGGUUCGCGCAAAACACCACCACGCAGCAAGCGUGUUCGACGAUCACCCAGCAAAGACAAUGCCACAGUGCACGGAGGAGCAACGGGUGAGGUGAGGAAAAGAGGGUCCGCCCCGAACUAGCUUCGACGACAUCGCGCGACCGCUCGCGGCUUCCUGGGGAGUCGCCCACAACAAUGGACACGGCGGCGAGCAAUCAGGUUGCGCGGGCUGGUGCUGGCCCGCAGUGGGUAGACAUCCCUACGCAUCUGUUGCGCGCCGAACUGCUUCGCAGGCAAGAGCAAGAACGCCCUGAGUGCGGCACGAAGGGCAACCGCGGCUACUACAACACGCCGCUCCAUGUCUUCGCUCUCGUGCUGAUCCUCACUGUGAGCACUGCCGCGUGCUCCUUCCCUAUCGUCGCCAAGCGCUUCCCUCGAUUCCCCGUACCUCACCACUUCCUCUUCAUCUCGAGACACUUCGGGACCGGCGUAUUGAUCGCCACCGCGUUCGUGCACCUGCUACCCACGGCCUUCAUCUCCCUGACCGAUCCAUGCCUUCCGCCGUUCUGGAACAAGGGCUACGAAGCCAUGCCUGGCCUCAUCGCCAUGGUAUCAGUCUUCGUGGUGGUGGGCAUCGAGAUGUUCUUUGCCUCAAAGGGUGCCGGGCACAGCCAUGGUAUGGAUUUCGAGGCUCUUGGUGCAGAUGACCACGAGGGGCACUCGCGGCCCGGCCACAAAAGGGCCAGCAGUUACAGCAGGUUUCGAGCCAACGGGCACCAUCAUCCGCCAGAUAUCGUGUUGCAUGAUAUAGCUGGGUCAUCGGACAACCUCGUUGCAGGACGAUCACCUUCUUUCGUUUCCUCGCCGAUGACACCUCAGCCUGGUACGCGGACGGCAGACUCGGGGCGAAAUUACAAAGACGGGGACGAGGAGGACUCUGAUCUCGAUAUAGAUCCAGAUGAGCUGGGGCCGCGUGGUUCGAACGACUCCGAAGAUGAGUCACGAUUGCUCUCGCAGCCGUCUGCGCAUAAGCAUAUCCAUCUUUCGACCUCUCCGUACGCUGAGCAUAUGCCGGAUAUGACGGAAGCACAGCGCAAGAAGCAGCUUCUCCAGUGUCUUCUAUUGGAAGCUGGCAUCUUGUUUCACAGCGUCUUCAUAGGCAUGGCCCUUUCGGUCGCAACCGGCACAUCCUUCAUCGUGCUACUAGUGGCUAUAACGUUCCAUCAGACCUUUGAGGGCUUCGCGCUUGGGUCGCGAAUCAGUGCUGUUGCUUUCCCUGCUGGUUCGGUCAAGCCUUGGCUGAUGGCGUUGGCAUACGGCACAACGACUCCAAUCGGACAGGCGAUCGGUCUCGGUAUCCACACGCUCUACGACCCUGCUAGUCAGACCGGCCUGCUCAUGGUCGGCUUCAUGAACGCCAUCUCCAGCGGAUUGCUGUUGUUUGCGGGUCUGGUUGAGCUUCUCGCAGAAGAUUUCUUGAGCGACGAGAGCUAUAUAAGCCUGCAAGGUAAGAGACGCCUGCAGGCAUGUGGAAGUGUUGUCGGUGGAGCAGCACUCAUGGCACUUGUUGGCGCAUGGGCAUAGAUAUACUUGUACAUACUGAUUCGCAUUCAAGCUGCCUUAGGAUAUUCUGCAUACUACAAGACAAUUCAUCAUUCGGUCUACCUACAGGAUGUCUCAUCCAAGCGCGUCCACAUAUAACGUAUCGUUGAGGUCCGUUACACGGCUCAUGUCCAGGAGGAGGGCCGCGUCCUGCUCGAACGUCGUCGAAGUCUUCGCCAUAGCAGCAUCUGAUACCAAGCUGCCGUCCGUCCACUUUAGUAGUGUAUCAUCGAGCCGGAAUCCUUCUCCCAGAUAGUCAGGCGCGAACGUAUCCCAACCACACAUGGAAGCAUUCACAUCGAAUGGCUCGCCGAACCCCUCCAUCGGGGCCAUCGCCGGGUCCAUUUCCAUCGCGUCCCCAGCAAUCCCCGCAUUCCCCCCAAAGU